AUUAUUUACUUAUUAAUGCAUCAUGUAUUAUAGGCUAGAUAAAGUUAUGUCUCAACUUUCUUCAAUGAGCUUGACUCAAAGUAAUCAUCAACCAAAGGGACAACGCCUCGUGACACAGCCAGCAGGUGCAGUCAGCAGGUAUUCCUCCACCUAUCAGUGGCUUUGAUUCAGUAAACAUCACGUUGAGACGAGGACAGCAUUUAUUUGCAUGAGCAACACAUUUGCGUGCGUAAUCUCACCACCCAGCUGAUAGUCUCUAAGUUUCGUUUCUCCUCUUGGGCGCAGUUACUUUCGUUUUCCUUGCAGUGGCUCAUGUUAUGUAAGCGUAAACACAGAAAGCCUGUUUGGAAAGUGACCGGGACAUUAGCUCUUGGGAGAUGUCUCGUCGCGCCAUGUCUCUUCUUACUCAGUGGUCCUCUCGUGUAUUUUCAGUGGAGCUAGAUGGAGCCCCUUUCUAUUUUGCGAUCCAAGAAAGGCACCGGGGAGAGGACAUGCCACAGGUGUUCAAAGAAGUCCAGGGACACGAAAGGUGUUACUCAGUCCUCGUCUGCAGCAGCGACAGAAUCAAUCAAGCCAGGUUUUACGCACAGCUGAAGGAUAAAUUGCUAAGAGACUUGCCUAAAGGGUGCGACUUGUCUCCUAUGUCCUCGUUCCUACCAAAUAUCAAGGAUUCUCUCUUGAAAGGCUACUUUCUAAAAGAGAAAUCGGCGUGUUCACCCCUGACAGAAGGACUUUUGCGAGAUGUAACACAGCAUGAUCCGGUGCUUGUGUGUUCUUACUUGAGAAGUGAGGACGGCGAUCUGUGGACUCAACGCCUGUGGAAAGAUGCAGACAGCCAAAUGAUGGAAAUGUCAAAUGAUUAUUGUGUGGUGUCAUCAGAAGCGCCAGAAUAUCACCCAGCUACUCUCAACAUCAUUAACUCGGAUGUUUUCUACAGCUUCGAGGAGGCCUAUGAUGUCCUAAAAGAGAGCGCUGACAUCAUCCCAGAGGCGACGUCUGCUCUGGAGCUGCUGCCCAGUCGAGUGGAGGCCAGAAGUAAACCAGACUUCCCUGUGAUUGUCAUAGAAGGCCUGGAUGCCACAGGAAAGACCACGCUGACUGAGUCUCUAAGGGAUACUCUCGGGGCUGUUCUUCUGCGGUCCCCUCCCAAGUGCCUGUCCCCCUUGAGGGCCCGCUUUGAUCGGGAGCCGCCCCUCAUCCGCAGGGCCUUCUAUGCUCUGGGGAACUACAUCACAGCUGAGGAAAUAGGACAGGAGGGCAUGAAGACACCUGUCAUCAUUGAUAGAUUCUGGCACAGCACAGCGGCUUACGCCAUCGCCACAGCGGUGAGCGGUCCAGUGUGCAACUUACCAGCAGACAGCUCGGAGGUCUACAGGUGGCCCACUGACCUGCUGCAGCCGAGCCUGGUGGUCUUACUUACCCUGGACCCUGAGGAGAGGAAGAGGAGGCUGAGGGACAGAGGUCAAGGAGAGACGGCAGAGGAGCAGGAGCUGGACCACAACCAGCUUUUCAGACUCAAAGUGGAGGAGGCUUACCGAAGGAUCAGCGGGCCAGCCUGCAUCACUGUAGAUGCGAGUCCUCCUGCAGACCAAGUGCUCCAACAAGUGCUGCUUUUAAUUAGGGGCAAAUGCCACUUGUAAACAAUCAUCUCCAUCUCCCCCUGCUGUCGGCCAAACAUUGAGUGGAUGCAGUACCUCCUUCCACCACUGGGUGCCAGUAAGGUGUCGUAAAUGUGACAGCUGGAGGACUCGGACGGGUGGGACUGUGGUGAGGGGAUGUUGUUCAGAAUGAGUAAAGGUUGAAUGGCCAGGGGCCAAAACGGUGUGCUACAAAUCAGAAAUACAUAUUCAUACAGACACAUAUGUGCAUGCUUGAAUUUGGACACACACACAAAAAUGCAUACACAAAAGUGUUGUACAAGAAGGAGUACAUUUAACUGCUAUUUGGACUUCUUACAAUUCAUGCAGAGUGUUGCAGCACUUACUGACAAUGACUGUUAAAACAUACUGAGACACAUUUGUGUAAGCACCAGUUUAGUUUCAUUCAAAUAUCCAAGCAAGAAAAAAUCUAAUCUUUAAGAAUACACAAAAGCCACACAAGACUU